AUGAAGGGUGCUUGUAAAGCUGUCAAGGAAGCCCUCGCCAGCCUCCAGCAGGAGUACGCGACGUUGAAGGCAGCUGACAAACUGCACCAGGAAGGCGAGUGCAUUCACUCAUCCCGUCUUGGACACUGGCAUCGGUUUGAAGUCAAUGCCAUCUCGGAGACUCUGGAUUCUGGCACUCCGCCCUGUGCGGUCGACUCGCCGGCAGCAUGUGCAUUAUUCAGGCGCCUCCGUCAGGAGGGAGUGCCUGUGGUUCGAGCGGGAUACUCUGCUGUUGCAGCCGGAACUUGGUUGAAGCCACACUUCGGCAGAACAAAUGCGCAGCUCAAGUGGCAUGUUGGGCUGUCAAUUUCUUCCUCACCUUUCCCAGGCUGCGCCACGUUAAGAGUUGGCAAUGAGACACGGGCUUGGCAGCAGAAUGGUGACAUGCUUCAUUUUGACGACUCCUAUGAGCACGAAGUCUGGAAUCAAUGCAGUGAGGAACGCGUUGUGUUUCAGCUCGUGCUGGCACACCCGGACUUGGGCUUAGGACAGCAAGCGAUUGACUGUGUCAUUGGCAAGGUCCCAUGCACCGUGAUACAGAGGAGAGGCCAUGGAGAGCUUUGA